GUGGCAGCAAUAAACAAAGAUGGCGGUGUCGUUGUAGCUCCACCGCGUCGGUCGCUACUUUAAGACUUUAUAAUGUUUAUCUGGGGUUAAAACGUCGCCUGGGUGCUCCAGUUUGUUGUCUCGGCUGUGGUCGUCUGUGUGUGAGGCGGUGAAAUGAGCGGCUGGGCGGGUUUCUCUGAGGAAGAGCUUCGGAAGAUGAAGCAGAAAGAGGCGGCGGUGCCCGCAGCGGCAGUCCGCGGUCGGAGGCCGGCUCCAGCCCUCCGGAGCCGGCAGCAGCUCCAGCGGGAGAGGGCCCUUCAGCUGGCCGCCGCUCCUGGACUCCUCCCCGGGCAACAGCUCACCAAAGCCCCGCCGGAGGAAGAGCCUCAGCCCGGAGCCCCAACCGGACCCCCAACCGGACCCCCAACCGGACCCACAACCGGACCCACAACCGGACCCACAACCACAGCACCGGCUCUCAAACAGGAGGUGAAACCGGCUGAGAAACACCCAGAGGAAGAGGAGGAAGAGGAGGAAGAGGUCCCGGCUGUUAAAGAGCUGGAGAAACAAGAGGUGGAACUACGGGAGAAGACGCGUCUGGAGCAGCUGCAACAGGAGCAAAAGACAAUCGAAGAGAGGAAUAAGCGCAAGAAAGCUCUGCUAACCAAAACCAUCGCUGAGAAGUCCAAACAGACUCAGGCAGAGGCUGUGAAGCUGAAGAGGAUCCAGAAGGAGCUCCAGGCCCUCGACGACAUGGUGUCCAAUGAUAUCGGGAUCCUGAGAGGAAAAAUAGAGCACGCCAGCUGGGAGUACUCCGCUGCCAGGAAGCGUUACGAGAAGGCGGAGACGGAGUACGUGGCGGCCAAGAUGGACCUGCACAAGAAGACGGAGGUGAAGGAGCAGCUGACUGAGCACCUCUGCGCCAUCAUCCAGCAGAACGAGCUGCGCAAAGCCCACAAGCUGGAGGAGCUGAUGCAGCAGCUGCAGCUUCAGGCCACCGAGGAGGAGCUGGAGAGGCAGAGGAAGGAGGAGGAGAAGGAGAAGGAGACGCGAAGCUGUGUGGAGAUGCAGGGUAACGGUUCAGUGGAGAACCCGGAGGGAACAGUGCAAUCAGCCAAAGACUGUGGACCCACAGAGGGAGAGACUGCGAAGGAGGAGAGGGGAGGUGACGUCCAGCGAGAGCAUCGCCCGAUGACCGAAGGAGACUGUAAAACACUAGAACACUGCACUCAGACUGAAGUUGUGGCCUUGUGAUGCUCAGAACAGAGCGUGUUAAAUCUUCACACAAUAUAAAACACUAAUGUUUUCCACUAGAUGAAAUGUCUUUGACGCUCCAGGGCUGGGUUUCCAACCUCGUCUCCUAAUACUUCUGAAGGUUUGUGCCUACAAUGUUUUGGAGGACUCCUAAUUGCUGCGUGGCAGCAGGUUUUUUUCUAGAAGUCAUUGGGAGGUGGUCGGGGGUGAGCGGUGGGCGUCCAAACCCAACGGGGGAAGUUUAGGCUACAGGAACACUUGGUUAUGGUUUGGGAGAGAUUGUGGUUUUAGUUAUUAAAAUAUUGAAAACAUAACUACAUCCUGUCUCAUUUCACUUAUUUAUCUUUUUCAAUAUUUAACCAAGAUGACAAUCAGCCUAACCAUAACCAAGUUCCUCCUCUCUGGUGUUCAGUCCCUCCAUGAUUGGUUUCAGUUUUAGAUGAAUCAGUUUAUUUUUGUUGGUGUAAUUCAUGAAAAAUCAAAAGCAGCUUGUUCCACUGAAUAAAAUUGCUUCUAGUUUUUGGUUAAAUUUGCGAUAAUCGCAGCUUCCUGGAGGAUCUGGGUGUUGGAUCGGGAUCGAGGGAGAAAAAAGGUGUUGAAUGUCCUUUGGGAAAUGUGCUGUUGCAGAUUAGUACUAUAUAAAUAUAUAAAUAUUAGGGAUUACAUCAUUAUCUGUUCAACUAAAAGAUCUGUAUUUGCUCUCUGAGUGGGCGGGGCUUAGACUGUAAGUGGGCAGGACUCAGAAGAAGCUGUUAACUGACCUUGAUCAGAAGUUUCCAUAUUUAUUAGAAAAUGAUUUACAGAAUUGAGCCUCAGAGGAAUGUUUUUAUCACCAGAGUAAGAGAACUAUUUACAGAACAAGUAUAUUAACACAUUUUACUCGCCUGAUACUCGUUUCUGUCGAGUACUCGGUCGACUCACUCAAGCCUCAUUCAUAAUCAUAUUUACUUAUUUUUUUUAUCUGAUCAUACUUAAAUUUAAGGACCAGUGUGUAGGAGCAGAUUGCAACCAACUGAAUACAGCUCGGUCCAGGAAACUGUGGUCGCUGCAGAAGACCCUGUCUGAAGCCAGCGUUAGGUUUGUCUGUCCGGGGCUACUGUAGAAACAUGGCGGUUCAAUGUGGCGGACUCCGCCAGAAGAGGACCCACUGACUCUGUAGGACACUAAUGAAAACAUUCCUAUGAUUAUUAUAUUUUAUUUCUGACAACAGCUCGUCCUGAACGUUACACUGGAAGGAGAAUUUAAACUGUUUAGACCAGAAGAGCUUUUGUACGGCUGCUUGUGUGUUUAAUGAAAAAAUGACUUUGUAGAGCAAAACAAUAUCGGGGAAUAUUAUUUAAAACUUUAGUAUCGACACCCAGCCCUGCUGUGUGUGUGUGUGUGUGUGUGUGUGUGUGUGCCUGCCUGCCUGCAGGAUCCGACAUCUGUAGAGUAAAUCAUAAGAGUAUCUCAGCCAUUAUCCUCAGUCGGUGGCUUUUUAUGUGCUCGCUUCCACACACACACAAACAACCCCACUUCUUCCAAACAUGUGGUUUUACAUCAUUUGUGAAUUAUCUCUCUGAGCAAAAGGUUUGACUGUGUCUGAUCGUCUCUCUGAGAUGGGCCCUGUUUACUUCCUGGAAGCAUUAAUCCAAACACAAAGCCUCCCGUCUUCUGUGUCGUAGAUGAACAACAUGUUAGCCGACGCUCGGCUCUCCUUUCACAGAGCUGGUUCUGGUGCGGUGGGUGCAGCCGAGGAGCCUCCUGGAUGGUAAGACGAUCUCUGUUAAUGUAUGUACGGACUGCAUGAGCUGCACAUGUGUCUCAGAUAAUAUGUGACAAACUUUAUGUACGUGGGCCUGACCGAAGUCUGUAUGAAACCAUGUUACGAGUUAUUUAAACGGGGUAAAUAUUUAAAAAGGUGAUAUUUGGAUAUGUAUGGUGUUUUACUAAAAUAAACUUUAAAUGUC